UACCCACGUGUGUCGGAGUUAAAUGCUCAGAGCCGGCACCAGCGCUUGAGCAGAGAGAAGCAGCACUAUGGCCGGCAAGAAAGUCUGCAUUGUCGGCUCCGGUAACUGGGGUUCAGCUAUUGCCAAGAUCGUGGGUGGCAAUGCAGCCCAGCAGGCACGCUUCGACCCACGGGUGACCAUGUGGGUGUUUGAGGAAGACAUAGGGGGCAGAAAACUGACCGAGAUCAUCAAUACACAGCAUGAGAACGUUAAAUACCUACCAGGACACAAGCUGCCCCCCAAUGUGGUGGCUGUACCAGAUGUGGUCCAGGCUGCAGCUGAUGCUGACAUCCUGAUCUUUGUGGUGCCCCAUCAGUUCAUCGGCAAGAUCUGUGACCAGCUCAAGGGCCACCUAAAGGCCAACACCAUUGGCAUCUCUCUAAUUAAGGGGGUAGACGAGGGCCCCAAUGGGCUGAAGCUCAUCUCUGAAGUGAUUGGGGAGCGCCUUGGUAUCCCCAUGAGUGUGCUGAUGGGGGCCAACAUUGCCAGCGAGGUGGCUGAUGAGAAGUUCUGUGAGACCACCAUUGGCUGCAAGGACCCAGCCCAAGGACAGCUUUUGAAAGAGCUGAUGCAGACACCCAAUUUUCGUAUCACAGUGGUGCAAGAGGUGGACACAGUGGAGAUCUGUGGGGCCUUAAAGAAUAUAGUGGCUGUAGGAGCUGGUUUCUGCGAUGGGCUGGGUUUUGGUGACAACACCAAGGCAGCGGUGAUCAGGUUGGGCCUCAUGGAGAUGAUCGCCUUCUCUAAGCUCUUCUGCAGUGGUCCUGUGUCCUCUGCCACCUUUCUGGAGAGCUGUGGUGUUGCAGACCUCAUUACUACCUGCUAUGGAGGGCGGAACCGCAAGGUGGCAGAGGCCUUUGUUCGGACUGGAAAGUCCAUUGAGCAACUGGAGAAAGAGAUGCUGAAUGGGCAGAAGCUGCAGGGGCCCCAGACAGCCCGGGAGCUGCACAGUAUCCUCCAGCACAAGGGCCUGGUAGACAAGUUCCCUCUGUUCACGGCUGUGUACAAGGUGUGCUAUGAGGGCCAGCCAGUGGGUGAAUUCAUUCGCUGCCUGCAGAAUCAUCCAGAACACAUGUGAGUGGAGCCAGGAUCCAGGGAGGCAGCGCCUCUGUCCAGCAGAGAUGAGCAGGAAGUUUGUGACCUGGUCACCAGGACUAUCUCCAGGACUCCCUCAUGAGCAGUCUUUUUGUUGAAGGAUACUGCCGGGCACGUGGCUGGGAGACUCCGCUGCACACCUGGGGCAAUUAACUGUGGGGAAGCCUGUAGCUUCUUUAGAAAUGGAGCUUCCCUGUCUCUUACCAGAUGUGAACCUCUCUUACUGUCCUCUGUGAAGCCUAGAAUUAAGCCUCAUUGCUGCCUGCUGAUCUAGGGGUGGGUGGGUCGGAGGAAGGGAGGGUACCAGAGCCAGGUUGGCUCAUGGCUGCCUUACAGAAACCACGUAUCUGUCCUCAAGCCCAACUAAGUGGCUACAGAAGUACCUUAACUACAGGAAGGGUAAAGCACAAGCUGCCAGGAAAAGCUUUGGUCAUUUUCAGCAGAAAAUGGCCUCAGAGACCCCUUGGUUGACCUGUGCCAGGCCCCACACAGCAUCAAUGAUCUGAGUGUUUGUUAACAAAAUACAAAGAUCUCAAACAACUCUCUUCUGGCUUCUCCUAGCAACAAUUACGUCCUCAGAAACCUCUGGUCACCCUCUUUCCUCCUCCCUGCCAGGCUGCCCUGGAACAAGUGUUGCUUCGUACUGGCAUCUCUGGCCUUAGGGCUUACCAUUCUCCCUAGGGACUUCCUGCCUUCUAGACCUUUGCCAGCUCCUCCCCACCCUUUGUGACCUUUCCAAGCUUUUCCUCCCCCAGCAUCCUCUAUGGGGACAGGAACUGCUGACAGAGCUCUACCUUUUCAUAGCAGGCUCAGAUCACUGGGUUCCCUUUUGACCUUUGCAUUUGCCCUGCCUCCCUAGUUGGGGGAGGUGCGGCUGGGCCCCUCCUGCUGUUUAAUCUCUCCCGAGGAUAUCCCCUAACUCUAUCCCCUCCUCCUCCCAGCCCUAGCACAUCUUUCUCAGCUGCUCCUGAACAGCUAAAAGAGCAAACCAGCAUCUGACAUCAGCAUGGCUGGGGCUAGAGAGUGGCCCAAAGGCUGAGCAGGAUCCCAUGUUGGUAGGUCCUGGUAUUCCAAGGCUAGCUCUCCUUCAUGGAACAGGCACCUCCACAUGAGAGGCUGACCAUAUCAGCCCUUCAGGAGCUGGAAACUCAAAGAGGAAGAAAAUAGAAGCUUCCCUGUCUCUAGGAUGAGGGAAGAAGAGGAGGGAGAGGAGUGUGCUUUGCAUGGGCUCUGCUCCAGGAUUGGGUGGUGGCAGGGGAAUGUCACAGGUCAGCAGCCUGGGCUCCUAGCUAUAAAUAGUCCCUGAGGGCUGAGAGGCUCCUGCAUCCAGCAGGAGUCUCCUUUUCCUAUGUGGCAGCAUCUGGCACACCAUGGCUCUGGACAGCAUUAUGUUAACCCUCCCUCAACUCCUCUAACAAGCCAGAGUGUCAGGCUUCUCGUAGCUGCUAGCCCUUGAGAGUUCACUGCCUGAUAAGGCAAAGAGGGAGGGGCACUGUCACAUCAGUGGCUUCUGUUUGGACAGCUCUCCAGGACGAUGGGAUGGAUGGUGUAUGCAGAGACAAGCUUCUAAUACCUUUGUCCACUUCUGCUCCAUCCACAGCUAACUAUGAAUCUGAGGCCUUGUGUAGGGCCAGUUAUCACCCAAUAAAGUGCUUCUUUGCAGAUA